ACCAAGCCAACAUUCCAGAGUUGAGUCUGAGCCAGCUCACCUGGAUAGAGACUCACAGGAAGAUGUUCCUGAGUUGUAUCCGGCGAUGCCGAAGCCCAGGCCCCGAGAAACCCUGCUGUGGGCGCCUCGCCCAGUGGUGGGGACGCUGGGCCAGCCCUCACCCCCGACGCACCUGGCGCUUCAAGCAGAAAAAGACCAGGGUCCAGGACAGGUUGGCCUCGCCCCUGGCACAGCACAGCAGGCUGGGGUUUGCCAGCAGCCCGGACAACCAUCAGCCGACUAAAAUCGAUGACCUGCGUGUAGUGGGGGAGAGGGCAAACACACCCACAACUCCAAAGCUCUUGUACCGGGCAUUACCCUGGGUGCGCAAACCACCACAGGUCCCCCUCAGUCGCUUAAUCUUGGUAAAGGCCCAGAUAGAGCCCAGGGGGUCUGCAAAUGCCCAUCUGACAGAGGUGGCAGUGGGGCCCGACAACUUCGCCUGUGUCAGUGGUGAAGCAAGGUCAGGGCCAGGCCUGGCACCUGACCCCACGGCUGGGGCGGAGCAGAGCCAUGACCUUCAAGCAACACUCUUGCUGGAGCAGCGCUGGCCCUCCAACGAUGAGCGGGGGACAGCCAUGUCCCUGGGUGCCGAGCAGGGCUCAGUGGAGGCCCUGACACAAGAGUCUCUGGGGAUGGUGGGCCUGGAGCCAGAGCUGUGUGGGGCAGUGGAACAAGGGGCCACCCAGCCCCCAGCUGCAGCCAAGGAAGUCCCUUCUGUUUCAGCCCCAGUGCCACGCCUGUCCUUCCCCACCUCUGUGAUCCUGUAUUUCUCUUUACUCCUCCCCAUUGUGUUCCUUUUCUCCACCUUUUUGUCCCUUUACCAAAAUAAAAUUUAAUUUAUUACCCACUGUGAAGUGUACAAUU